AUGGUCUUUUCAUCAAAUGGUCAAGUUGAACCUGAUUGCCCUUUAAAGUCGAUCUGUUUAGGUCACAGCACUAACAGAGUAUCUCAAAGUCAAGGAGACUCUGUAUCCAGUAUUCUUCAAGAUGCGUAUGAACAGUUUUGUGGUUGUCGGUACAUUGAAGACAAUAUAGUUAUUAGAACAGGCUCUGGUCUUGUUGAUAUAAGCCAGCCUCUAGUGGAAGCUAAUUUCUCUUUCCUUUAUUAUGUAAUAGAGAUCAGUGGCUAUCUUGAACUGAACAAUAUACCAUCCAUUGAAAGGCUCUCCCUGCCUAGGCUGAGACUCAUACGUGGGAGGAAUUUACGUUCUGGACGUUAUAGCUUACUGGUGUCUGGAAGGAUUGAAACUCUUUACAUGCCCAGAUUAACUGAGAUCAGUCGAGGCGAUGUGUUGUUAGGUAGCUCUAGUCUUAAUUCUUACUUGUGUAAUACAAGAUCAAUUAAUUGGACUGAUAUUGCCCCUUUUCCUGUCAGUGGUCAUCAAUUCAGUGGGACAGAUGGUUGCAGUGACAUAGAUAUAAUUGACUGUAAUGCAUUAGGAUGCAGCUCAGGGUUUUGCUGGUGUAAUGACACUGAUUGCUGCCAAACAUUAUCAUUUAACUGCAAUUGCAACAAUAGUCGUUGUUUCAGAGAUGGUCAAAACAUACACUUGUUUUGUAUGUGA